AUGUUAGCCUACCAAAUCUGUGCCAUAGACAAUCUUUAUUGUGACAUAGAAGCCAUGGCUCUCAAGGGGAAGUUGGAGACUGUGUUAGAUCUCAAGUCAAGUCCUGAAAAGUUCUUGAGUCUCUGGAAGGAGCAAGCCUACCAGGUUCCUAACCUUACUUCUACCAAUAUUCAAGGAGUUCAUGUCCUUGAAGGUGAUUGGGUCACUCCUGGCUCCAUCAAGGUCUGGAACUACACUAUAGAUGGAAAAGCUGAGGUCUUUCAGGAGAAGAUUGAAUUGGACGAGGAAAAGAAAAUAGUACGUAUUAUUGGUCUGGAAGGUGAUGUGCUCAAGAUUUACAGGGUUUGCACUGGCACAUGGGAACUCACACCCAAGGACCAGGGGAGCUUGGCAAAAUUGACUCUUGAAUUUGAGAAGCUGAAUGAGAAUGUUCCUGUUCCUCAUAAUUACAUGGAUUUUGUGAUUAGCAUGACUAAGGAUAUUGAUGAAGGAAUCUCCAAAUGAGAGGAUAUAUGCAGGAACAGUUUAAUCCUUUGAAAUUAAAUAAGCUUGUAUAUUUAUGUAUUACAUAUGCAUGAGCUAUCAAACAUUAGAUUGUGUGAGAGUUGUCAGUGUUUGAAAUAUUGUUAUAUAAUUGUGAGGUGUUUUUAUAUUAUAAAUAUUGAAUAAAGGGUGAAGCUCUCUAGCUUGCUUCUUGGGUUU